UUCCGCUUUUGAGGCCCAUGUCCCGAUAAAACUUCGCACAAUGGAAUCGAAAUACCUGAUCAAUGGCAAUGGCAAUGGUAAUAGCAAUGUCAAUGGCAAUACGAGUUUGACCUCGAACUUUGCCGCCAAACGGAAGCUUGAGCCAAUGAAAGAACAGAAUUGCCUAAAGAAACCGAAUUAUAGUCCGAUCAAUAACAAGAAUUUACUGGCCAACAAAAGGAGCUGCAUCGACCAGGAGCGCAAAGCGUUGCCCGUGUAUCACUGCAGGCAGCGCAUCCUCAAGGAAUUGGAGGCGAAUGAGACACUGCUGAUCAUGGGCGAGACGGGCUCUGGCAAAACGACCCAGAUCCCGCAAUUCUUACUGCAAGCGGGCUACGCCAACAGUGGAAUCAUUGGCAUCACACAACCAAGGCGCGUAGCGGCCAUAACAAUAGCCAAGCGAGUCGCCCAAGAGCUGGCGAGCAAUGUUGGCGACACAGUGGGCUAUACGGUACGCUUCGAGGACGCAACAACAGAACGAACCCGUAUCCGCUACCUGACAGAUGGCAUACUCUUGCGGGAGGCGAUAGCGGAUCGAUUGCUGCGCCGCUAUUCUGUUAUCAUGUUGGACGAGGCGCAUGAGCGCACGGUGAAUGCGGAUCUGCUCUUUGGCAUUGUGAAGGAGGCGCAGCAUGAGCGACGCAAGUACAAGCUGGCCAAGCUGAAGCUAGUAAUCACCUCGGCCACCAUGGACAUUGAUCAUUUCGGCAGAUACUUCAAUGUGAAGGGCAUGUACCUGGAGGGCCGGACGCAUCCGGUGCGUGUGCUGCACACCAAGGAGCCGCACGAGGACUACAUUCAUGCCGCGCUGGUCACCCUCUUCGAUAUCCAUCGCCACGAGCCCAUCAACCAUGACGUGCUCAUAUUUCUGACGGGCCAGGAAGAGAUCGAGGCGCUGGCCCAACAGAUCCGACAGCUGGCGCGAAUCAACAACUCGGGCCCGUCCGAUGUGCGCGUCUUCACCCUCUACGCCCAGCUGGCGCAGAGCAAGCAAUUGGAGUGCUUCCUGCCGGUGCCGGCGAACACGCGCAAAAUCGUGCUGGCUACAAACAUAGCAGAGACUUCGAUCACUAUUCCGGGCAUUAGGUGCGUUAUUGACUGUGGCUACGUCAAGGAGAAGUCGUUCAAUGCUAGCUCUGGCCUGGAUCUGCUCAAAACUGUGCGCAUCUCACAGGCUCAGGCCUGGCAGCGGAGCGGGCGCGCCGGACGCGAUGCUCCGGGUAUCUGCUAUCGCAUCUACACCAAGGCCACCAUGGAGAAGUUUCGCCUCGCCGCGCAGCCGGAGAUAUUGCGGGCGAAUCUGACGGCCACAGUGCUGCAGUUGCUCGCCCUGGGCAUCGACUGCGCCAGCUUCGAUUUCAUCGAUAAGCCGCCGGCGGAGGGCGUGGAGAGCGCCUACAAGGCCCUGGAGCAGCUGGGCGCCAUCAAAGCGGGCAGCAUAACGACGACGGGUCGGUGGAUGGCUCAGUUCCCGUUGGAUCCGCGAUACGCCAAGCUGCUACUGGCCGCGCCCACAUUCGGCUGCAUGGAGGAGAUGCUCAGCCUGGUGGCGGCGCUGUCCAGCGACAACGUCUUCAUUGGCCACACGGACAAGAGUGAUCUGGCCACCUUGGCCCACGCAAAAUUCCAGUCGAAGCACGGCGAUCAUCUGACUCUGCUCAACGUGUUCUCCACCUUCCAGAAGACAGAGAAGCCGAAAAUCUGGUGCCACGACAAUUUCCUAAACAUUCGGAAUCUAAACUAUGCGCGCAAUGUGCGCAAUCAGCUGGCCGAGAUCAGCUCCAAGCUGAAUCUAGCCCUCAACAGCUGCGGCGACAACACGGACGCCGUGAAGAAGUGCCUGCUCACGGGACUGUUCGACAAUAUUGCUCUGCUCCAGAAGGAGGGCCACUAUCUGACGCUGAGUGGGCGUGUCAAGGCGAAGAUUCACCCGUCGAGCGUGCUCCAUGGCAAGUACAAGCCGCAGUGCCUGAUCUUCACGGAGCUCGUCCAGACGGAGCACAACUUCCUGCGGCAGGUCACGGAGAUCAGCAUAGACUGGAUCGAGGAGAUCGUGCCAUCCAUCAAGUGCAUCCUCAAGUGAACCUUCACUUCGGAUACCCAACAGGGUUU